GAGCCUAUAAUUGUUAAUUUGACUUUUCACAUAAUCAGAUAUCUUUUAGCUUAAUAGUUAGGGAAAGAGGGGAAGAAAGGUAAUUUAGAGAAAUGUAUACAGUUCUAAGUAUAGUUUACUGAAUAGAAGUUUGCACCGAAAAACAAUAAAAAAUAGUCCUAGUAGUUAGAGGCCAUAUAUACAUAAUGGAUAACAUGGCAUGUAAUAAAGGGCAACAUGUGAGGAAGGCAAAGAAGCAGGUGAAAGAUGAGCUGGAUCGUCUGAAACAGGCUGAGAAGAAAAAGAGGCGCCUGGAAAAAGCACUUGCUACUUCUGCAGCCAUCAUAUCUGAGCUGGAGAAAAAGAAACAGAAAAAGAAAGAAGAACAACAGAGACUUGAUGAAGAGGGGGCUGCAAUUGCUGAGGCUGUUGCUCUGCAUGUUCUACUCGGUGAAGACUCAGAUGAUUCCUGUAAAAUUAGGGAUGAAGGUGGAUGCAAGUCCUGGAACUGCAAUAGUAACCUUGGGUUCUUCCUGGGCAGAAAAAGAGCCUGCUUUCCUCAACUAGAUGGCGGCGUGUGGUCUGUUGAAAGAAUGGGUUGGGUCUCUGAUGCAUGCAGCUGGGGUGGCGCUGAAAAUGCCAAGUGGUCUUUCUCAUUUGAACCUUUUGAAAAGAAUGUGCAUGAACCAAUGAAUGUGAAAGCAGGAUGCGGGUUUGAUGGGUUUUCUGCUGAUCUUAUUGCAGCACAAGCAGUUUCAUCGCUCCACAUUGCAGAAGAUGCGGUAGCAGAUGAAGGACGGGUUUUCUUUUAGCGGAUUGCUGAUAUGUAGUCACAGCAUGUGUUGGUUUGGUGGCUGGAAGAAACAUGUAUUAUUAUGUUACUGAAGGAUGUCGUCUGUAUAUUUUGUUGUUGAGUGUGGUCCCUUUCGAAAAUAUUCUGCUUCAGCUGUGUCUGAUCUAUAAAGUCACCACCAUGUUUUAUUCAACCGCGUAAGAUGGAGCUAAAUUCUGUGUGGAGUGACUCUUACACCCCGAGUAUGCGGGGAUUUUUCUGGCUUCUUGAACUGAUUCCAAAUAAUGCAAAGGCUUGAGUGAACCUUCUUUAUUUA